AUGGGCUCGUUUUUGUCUCGGGACGAAUUCCCUGUCGAGGGCAGAACAGUCCUAAUUACAGGCGGUUCCAGAGGUCUUGGCCUAGCAGCAGCACGCCAACUCUCCUCCAAAGGCGCGCGCGUAGCUAUAGUCGCCCGUGACCCAGCCGUCUUGAAAGAAGCUCUCAUUCAAGUCGAAGCAUCUGCUCGGUCUCCAUCUCAGCGCUUCUUCUCACUCACUGCCGACGUCACCAAGGCUUCAGAAUGCUCUCGUGUCAUUGCCGAAGUGACAGCUUGGAACGAUGACAGCCCGCCAGAUAUCGUCUGGUGUUGUAGUGGAAGUGCGCACCCGACUUUGUUCGUUGAUACACCGGUUGAGCAGCUUCAGACUAUGAUGGAUAGUAAUUAUUUCUCAAGUGCAUACAUGGCCCAUGCUACGCUCAACACGUGGUUGAGGCCCGCCAUCGACGGUCUCACGAAGAAGAGUACAGAAGCCAAGAUACUACCAGCUCGUCAUAUCAUCUUCACGGGCUCUUUUGUUUCGUUGUACAGUUUUGCAGGUUUCACGCCCUACUCACCCUCCAAAGCCGCCAUCAGAUCGCUAUCAGACUCUCUUUCACAAGAGAUGAACUUAUACGCAGGUGCUCAUCCCAAUGAGCCUCGCGUGCGCAUCCACACUGUCUUCCCAGCGACAAUGCCAACCAAGUCACUUGACGAUGAGAACAAGGUCAAAACGGAUGUUACAAAAGCGCUUGAGGAGGGUGACCAGAUCCUCACACCGGAUGAAUGUGCUCGCCAUGCAAUUGCAGGGUUGGAGAGAGGAGAAGAACUCAUUGCAACGAGCACUAUUAUUAGACUUGUCAUGACUACUGUUUUGGGGGGUGCUAUACGUGGCGGAUUUUGGACGGGCUUGGCAAAUACAUUGCUGAGUUGGGUUGUGAUGAUUGUUAUGGUGUUUAUUCGGUGGGAUAUGGAUGUAAAGGUUAGAAGUUGGGGGAAGAAGCAUGGGGCGAGUGGUAUGGCAUCCAACGACAACGUGAAGGUUACACUGUCGACUGCCAGCAUUCUAGGGAACAGAGCACAAUAUUCUCCAUCUCUUCAAGCAAGAAAGCCUAUGUUGCAGUUUUCUCCUUUCUCAGUAGCAACUAUUGUUUCAAUCCGGAACUGCGGGGUCAAGUUGAUUGAAAAUGCACCGAAAGAAAUCCAAUCAGUUGCCAUUGAGAUGUCUGGCUUGACUGCAACUCUUGAGCAUUUACGCGACAUCAUCAGAACGGGACAAUCAUAUGCAAAACCGCAGUUUUGUGAUGCCGUCCGACAUGUUGUUGAGAACAUCCAGUUGACGCAGCAAGAAAUUUCGAAGAUGGUGGGCGAUGAGGGUAUAUUGCGGAGGGUCAAAUGGCUCAAGGCUGCGAGGUUGCUGUCGGAUAUCGAUAAGCAUAAGGUCACAUUGACUUUGCAGAUUGCGAUUCUUUCGGCGGCUGUUCUGGUCAAGUCUACCAAUGGCCGUCUAUCAGUUCAAGAGAAGGUGGAGAACCGGUUCAAGGCCCAAGCUGAGAGCCUUAUACUGGCCGGCCAGGCCUCAUUUGAGAACCAUGACGAACCAGAGCCAAUUCCAGACCCGCCUCAACAAAGAGCACCAAGUCCACCAGUUCGUACCAGCAAGCGGCUGCCAAGUCCCGUCCGCGAAUCUGAGGUCCCUGGGCAUUUGCGUGCUAGGGACCUGUACGGUAUGAGCAAUGAUUCUGAGGACAACGUCCUUUUUUCCGGAAGUGAGAAAGAAGAAAAAGCCCAUUCAGCACUUGCGCGAAGUGUAAACGAACCAUCACGUCCUGAGGGACACUAUACCAUUCAUGCGAUUGACAAGGAAGACGAAGAAAACCUGUCAUCCGAAGAUGAGAAAAGAUAUUCAAGACGUCGCAGAAGAUCGGGGUUUGAUCCACUGUCCGGUGGUAGCAUCGCGCUUUUUGGACCUGACUUCCAUCGACGUGGCGACGCAGCUACGUUUCUAUAUAACCUGGUAUUUCUAAAUGAGACACCAGUGAAUGGAGCAUCAGCCGACGACUCAUAUUUGACAGAAACUAGAAACGGAGGAAAGAUGGAAGAACGGAAGAGACAUCGACGUUUGGAUGAUUCGGAUGACUCUGAACACAAUGGGACGAGUCGUCGUGAGAGAGUGAAAUUUCGAAGCCCCAAGCCCCAAGAACCAGAAAUACUUGUCAAUCGGCUUCUUUUAUCUUGGACAUCACUGAGCGAGAGCGAGGUUGAAAAAGGGAGAGCGGAUGCUCAGCCUGAUCAAAGAAGGAUAUUUUCGCUCUAUGGGCCAGAGGACAAAGAGAAGACCCGGAGGAACUUUCAAAGACGACAAACUGGGCUAGGUCGUGAUAUGCUUAGAAGAGAAGACGUCAGGUACAACACUCCGGAGUUUGAUCCUCGUUGGCGAGGGAAACUACGGCUGACACGAAAUGAGACAGCUAGCUCGGGGUUCAUCCUUGACCCUCGACAACAUGGCCCUUCACCAGCAUCGGAAGAACCGUCUAUGCGAUACCCGAAUGGCGGCUAUGGCCGACCGUACGGUCAGGGCCGUCAGGCUGAAUUGGCGAGACCAAAGUUCCAGAAACCUGAUUUUGUUGUUCUGCCAAGAUUAGAUUCUGCGGACUUUGAGACUGGGCCAAUGACUCCCAAGCUUGACCUCAUGUCUGUUAACUUGGGUAUUGUCAGGCAAGGCGAUGAGCCAAUUUGGGACUGUGAUCUUUUCAUGUUUGAGAAGUCAUAUCAAGGAAAAGCGAUCAUGGGAGCACUCAUUGGUGAUAAAUCUGCGAGAAAUCCUCAUGGAUUAGAUCUAGCACAUACAUUAGUAAAAGGCCGAAGUAUGAAGCUCGUGUAUAUACGAGGCAAUGUAAAGGAAACUGACGAGAGGGCCAUGAAGGAAGAAUACGUGGCGAUAGGAGAAGAAUGGGCUAGUUUCGAAGCUCUACAACAACUUGGGCUGAUUGUCAAGAGACGAGAAGAAGGGCGUGUUCUGUUGGACCCUAGCACGACAUGGCUGAGAAGCAUGCGGCAGAGGCGCACCUUUACGCCGACAUUUUAUAGUCCUGUAUCUGCGUUCCGACAGAAACAUGGAGUUGGACGACACUCAUUUGUCACAAAAACAGAUUAUGGAGAACAAGCGCCUGCUGCUCCAGAUAGACGUGCCACGGUCGAAGAUGAAAGCGAGGUUGACAUUCUCAACUUGCCGAUCAACGAAGAACCCAAAAAGACACCAGAAGCAACCGCAGAAGCCCAAAGCAAAGCAGCCCCAAGCACCCUUCAACCACAGAUUUCCAUCACCCCACCAUCAACACCACAGCAGACUUCGCCUGACUAUUUGGACACAAGCGAGGUAGCAUCGCGUGUUUCCUCAGGGUCACGUCUGUCCAGCUCAAAGACUAGCGGACUUGGAAGUGAAAAUACUGGGUGGCAGGAUGAUGGCAAGACGCCCUUGACACCAACAGACUCUGGUGUUGGAAGUUCUAUUGUCUCGGGGCGAUAG